AACAACAGUUCAUCGAUAGCUUGAUCAAUUCACCAAUCCAAGCCGCAGAACAACAGUUCAUCGAUAGCUUGAUCAAUUCGCCAAUCCAAAUCGAAGAACAGCAGCUUACCGAUAACUUGAUUAAUUCGUCAAUCCAUACCGAAGAACAACAGCUCAUAGAUAGCUUGAUCAACUCACCAAUCCAAACAGAAGAACAGGUUAUUAAUAGCUUAAUCAAUUCACCAAUUCAAAUCGAAGAACAAUUGCUCAUUGAUUCCUUAGUUAAUAUUAACGACAUUCAUUUAACGACUGUCUUUAAUAACCAACUCGGAAUCUCUAAUCUAGAAUACCUAAUAAACACAGAAAGUUCCUCGAAUAAUUUCGGCGACAAUCAAUUAAUUACUUCCAGUUUUUUAAAUGAUUCAUCAACACCACUAGAUUUCAAUAACUCUUAUUAUUUCUAA